UAUGACACUAAAAGGACGUUCUGGUGUGACAGUGAUUGGACAUGAUAGUGAAUCGAGAACUCGUGUUAAGGGAUAUAACCCUGCUGGAUCAUACAAGAGAAAAAUCACGUAUGAAAUUCCCAUGGAAUCGAUUGUUGCCAUUGCGAAGCAGUCAAAGCGUUGUGAACAAUACAUAAAAUACGAAUGUCAUCAUAGCGUGUUUAGGUUCAGCUCGAAAGGGUUAUAUUAUGGAUGGUGGGUAUCACGUCAAGGUUCAAAGAUGAAUUACCGGGGUGGAGCGGCAGUCGACAGCGGAAAAUGUGCCUGUGGAAUGAUCAACAGCUGUGCAGGUGGAAAAAAGUGUAAUUGUGACAUGAAUGACAAAACAUGGCGCGAAGACAGUGGAUACCUGACAGACAAGACUGCACUUCCAGUAAUUGAACUAAGAUUUGGAGAUACUUCUAAUGGAACAAGUGAGGAAGGAUAUCAUACAUUGCGAAAGUUGCGCUGUUGGGGCUAA